UGGUUUUGCCCGUGGACCCGCUCCAGCUCCUUCAGCUCACACAGCUCCACAAUAUACUGAUUUUUUUGUCUGUCAGUUUGCUGUAGUAAUGCCGUUACACGCCACAAACGCUGCGGGAACACUACCGGGCCUGGACGGUUCCUCCACCGCGGCAGGGAGUGUGUAAAUGGCUGUCCGUGUCGUCCGGAUGAGCCCCGCGGAAGAGCCGCACUGCCAGCGCCUGGAAUAGACAAGGCAUUCCUAUUCCCAUCUGUCCACCCCCUCCCUCCCUACUCUCCUCUGGGGCUGUAAAUAAGCCGGGGCUGUGUGGACCCUUGAGAAGUCCUCCCCCUCACACUCUAUCCUCCUCUAUCUCCAUCCCCCGGCCCACUCAGCAUCCACCGCUCUGCUGAAAGGUGCCAAGGAGAUGCUCAGAUGAUCCAUCGGGCCGUUCUGAAUCACCACACGGCCCCGGACAGGGAAGACUAACCAGAGUGUGAGCGAGCCCUCGGAGAUCCCCCACAACUACCCCCGCCAAGCCUGGCAGAAAGCUCGGCUUGCCCCUUCACUCCUGCAGCCCCUGAGAUGCCCUCCCCUCCCAAUGAUGGAGAGGAUCAAGGAGCGUCCCCCGUGAACGGGCCAUCUGUGGGCUCCUACCAGAGCAGUGGGAAGAGGAAGAUGCACACCAAAAAGAAGAAAGGCACCAUCACUGCCAACGUCGCUGGCACCAAAUAUGAGAUCGUUCGUAUCGUCAUCAACGAGAUGGACUUCCUCAAGACCCGGGAUGAAGACGAGACGGCCAACCUCAUCUGGAACGACUCGGCCGUGCAGCACGAGAAGAUCGCUGAGCUCAGGAACUAUCAGAGAAUUAACCAUUUCCCUGGCAUGGGCGAAAUCUGCCGGAAAGACUGCCUCGCGAGGAACAUGUCCAACAGCCAUUUAUCAGAAGGAGGGGUGAUGAAUGUCUUCCAGCGCAAAGAGGAAAAUAGGAACAGAGACCUUAUCCGGCUCUUUGACUCAAUAGAAAGCAGCGUACAAUGCAUCCCUCUGUAUGCCGAGGACAGAGCUCCACUAAGACCUACAAGGAAGCAGGACCAGUCUGGUCCUAAUGAACCCCUGCAGGCUCCCAAAACCCCCCGCUCUGAUUUCCUUAAAGAAAAAGUCCUGAAUAUUCUUUCAAUGUUUCUCCUCUCUCUUCUCUGGCAGAUCAAUCGAGCGCCGAGCUUCGGGACCGAUCAGAAGAUUGAUUACGACGUGAAGAAAGGGGUGCUGCUCAACGCUCUGAAACUCCUCAACAUUAGGGCCAGCGAUAAGAAGCGCAACCUGGCCCAGCAAAAGGCUGAAGCUCAGCGACGGCUCUACGGACACAGAUCCAUGAAGAAGCUCUCGGCCGCUUCCUCGGACUGGGAGAAACAACGUCACACACUUGAACGAAGAAGAGAAGAGCUGAAAGAGCGACUGGCACAAGUCCGCAAGCAGAUUUCCAGGGAGGAACAUGAAAAGCAACAUCUGGGGAACUACAGACGUAUUUACCCCCCAGAUGACAAGCUGCUGCUGGAGAAGUAUGAAAGCCUGCUCUCGGCUGCCUUUCAGACCUUCCUCGCCGGGCGAGCUGCCUCACUUCAAAAGGAAAUGAAUAAUCCUCUGAAACGAAUGAAGGAGGAGGACAUUUUGGACCUGCUGGAGCAGUGUGAGCUGGACGAUGAGAAGCUGAUGGGCAAAUCCUCCCGGCAACGAGGCCCUAAGCCGCUGACCGCCAUGCCGGAGUGCAGUCAGACGCCCAGACGUCAGAGGCCGGACUACCUGGCCGACUUCAGCAGCGGCAGCAGCGCUGAUAACUCCUGCACCUCUUCAGACGAGGAGGAGGAGGAGAAGAGGAAAGCUGGAGGAGGAAGAGGCGGAGAGAAGAGAGGGGAGAAGAAAGUUUCCUAUGACCUUGGGGAGACCAAGGAGAAGAACUUGGCUGAGCGCUCAGGUCGCAUGCACUUGAAACCUCCAAUCAAGUCGCUCAAAGCCGGCGCCGCCCCGACCGCCUCGCCGACGCUCUCCGGGCCAAUCAGGCGCUCCAUCUCCUGCCCGCGCUCCAUCGCCUCCCUCUCGUCGCCCAGCGAGGUGCGAGCGCCGCCUGCCAGGCCGUCCCCCGCCGUCCCCAUGGCCACGCCCCUCGUCAGGCCCAGCUCCGCCACGCUGCGCUCCCAUUCGCUGAGCCGCAGUGGCUCCGCCCACCGCGUGCCUCACAGCAACAGCCUGGGGACCAUCCACUCCAACAUAGGAGAGCCGCUGAUCAACCUGCGGAGUAAAGAGCAGGAGGCUGAGCUGGUCCGUCAGACUCUGGCCGUCCUCACUGCCAUGAGGAUCAGGUUCCCGGGGAAAACCGAGGAAGAGGCCGAGGCGGUGCUGGAUGAGAUUCUCGACAACUGGAAGUAUCACAAACCAAAGGUGGCCUCCUAUUGGCUGGUGAAGUUGGACUCAACCAAACAGCGGAAGGUGUUGGACAUCGUUCGCACUAACGUUCGCUCGGCGCUGCAGCGGAUCUGGAGGGAGCCAGACGUGGAGAGCCUCCACCUCUACCGGCUCUUUAACCGGGUCUUCAACCGGCUGCUGUGGAGCCACGGACAGGGCCUAUGGAACUGCUUCUCCAACACUGGCUCAUCGUGGGAGACCAUCUUCAGUAAGAGCAGCGAGGUGGUGUCGCCCCAGGAGCUGCAGUGCUGCCGCCGGCUGGUCCAGCUGUGCCGGGACUGCCUGUUGGUCGUCUACAAGUUCGUCUCGGAGUCCCGCGGCUCUCUGACCGGACUCAGCCCCGAGUGGGACGACACGAGGUAUCUGCUGCCAGUGACCUCCCAGUUCAUCAUGAAGUGGCCUUCGUCCAGCUUUGGCCGCCUGUCCUCGGCCGUGCCGCGCUCCCGCAGCCUUUUCGCCGCCAGGAUGGGCCACUUCUGAGGUCACCGUGGCAACCCUGGCUCCCGACUCCUUCGCCUUUUGACCUCCCGUCCCUCAAACCGCCGCCCAGCCAAACCUACAUCUUCCCGGUAUGGAUCUGACUUUGGUCGACCGGACCGGGGCUCGACUCGGCCCCCGAGCCCUUCGUGGAAGAUCGGCGGAUUUCUUUUUUUUUUUUUUUUGGAUCGGCCGCCGUUCAGACCAGCAGACCUCCGGUUCCCUCCGUCCCUCCUUCACUUCUCCCCCUCGGUUCUCAUUGUAACCACUGUAUUAUACUCAGUGUACAGCUAGAAGUCAUGGUACUGUAAAAGGAAAGAAUAACAAAUACUAAACAAUGCAAGGAUUGUUUAUUUAUUUAUUUAUUUAUUUUCUAAACUCCAUGGAUGCAGUGAAUGCAGAAUGCAGAUCAACAAGUGGAUGUAAAAAAAAGCUUAUUUUUUGUUUAAUUUAUUUCCUAACUUAAAACAGAGGCUUUAUUAACAGUCACUUUAUGUUGUAGAUUUUUGUUUUUUUUAGCGAGGUGCUGCCUGGAGAAGUGAAAAUGUUUGAACUUUUGAAUGCUAAUUCUUCAUUAGUUUCCCUGUGUGAAGAGCAGCGCUAAUAAAGCAACACGGUGUUUAGAAUGUCAGCGUAGUGAAAAGCCAAGCCGACUCUGAUGCCACGGCAUGAAGAGCCGAAAACCUCUCGGAGCACCGUCACUUCCUAAUAAAGCACUUUGCAGUUUGUCAUGGAAAAAACAGAGAGAGCGAGCGAGCGGCUGCACAUUAGUAGAGUCUGCAUGCCUAGAUUUAGUCCCUUUAGACUCAGCUGUAGAGCUUAGAAAGAGGAGCUGCGUUCGGAUUAUACUUGAAGUUUUGUGUUGUCAUUAAUUCUCGUGUCUUUGUACCGGCUGAAGGAGACACUUCACUUCUACAUUUGUCAUCUGGAUGUGUUUGGAGGCCGGGAAUCACAGGUGUGCCAACAAAACGCACGUCUACUUCACGUGUUUGCUUUUUAAUUCACUGCAGGACCUCAGUUUGACAGUAUUAAGUGUUGCUCAGACAAACACAGUGUUCUAUGUUGGUAGUUUGUGUGUUUCCCACCAGCUGACGGUGAUUAAAGAUGGUAGUCGGAGCGUUUUUAUUUAACUAUUUGGACUAACAGGUGUAGCAGCGGCGCUAAAAGCUAAAACUGCUCCAGUGGAAUUUUCCUCCCCGUAAACUGAACAUCAAGUCACAAUGCCAAAUAUUUUUAUUUUGCCUGAUUUUAUUUGUGUUAUUUAAGAGUAGGACUUCUUUUUCAUUGGAGGUAUGAGAUUUUUAAUUUUACAUAGCAAUAAAAUGUUUAAACAAA